ACAGAGCGAGCGAGCGAGCGAGCGAGCAGCAGAGGCGGCGAGAGCCGGAGCGGCUGGCCGGGCGGCCGCGCCGGCGAGCGGACGAGCCAGCGGCGAACAGCGCGGAGCGCGCGGGGAACUGAGGAGCGGGCGCGGCGGGCGCAGCGCGCGGCGGUCGGAGCCGAGAGGCCGGAGCGGCGCCGCCCCCGCCGCCCCUGCGGGGCCCCGGCUGGGAGCCCGAGGAGGGAGGGGGCGGCAUGGCCCGGCGGCCCGGGGCGCGGGGGCGUUAGGCCCCCGGAGGGGCGCCCCUAGCCUCGCGCCGCCGUCCUCCGCAGCCGCGCGCCCCGCCCGCUCCAGCCGCCCCGGGGGCCACCGGCGGCCCAUGAGCCCCGGCCUCAAAGUUUGCGGCGGGCGGGCGGGCGCGGAGCCUCCAAGAUGCCGUUCCACCCGGUGACGGCGGCGUUGAUGUACCGGGGCAUCUACACCGUGCCCAACCUGCUGUCGGAGCAGCGCCCCGUGGACAUCCCUGAGGACGAGCUGGAGGAGAUCCGCGAGGCCUUCAAGGUGUUUGACCGUGAUGGCAAUGGCUUCAUCUCCAAGCAGGAGCUGGGUACGGCCAUGCGCUCUCUGGGCUACAUGCCCAAUGAGGUGGAGCUGGAGGUUAUCAUCCAACGGCUGGACAUGGAUGGUGAUGGCCAGGUAGAUUUUGAGGAGUUUGUGACCCUCCUGGGACCCAAGCUUUCUACCUCAGGGAUCCCAGAGAAGUUCCAUGGCACUGACUUUGACACUGUCUUCUGGAAGUGCGACAUGCAGAAGCUGACGGUGGAUGAGCUGAAGCGGCUGCUCUACGACACCUUCUGUGAGCACCUGUCCAUGAAGGACAUCGAGAACAUCAUCAUGACAGAGGAGGAGAGUCACCUGGGCACAGCCGAGGAGUGCCCUGUGGAUGUGGAAACCUGCUCCAACCAGCAGAUCCGCCAGACAUGUGUCCGCAAGAGUCUGAUCUGCGCCUUCGCCAUUGCCUUCAUCAUCAGCGUCAUGCUCAUUGCAGCCAACCAGGUGCUGCGCAGCGGCAUGAAAUAAGUGCCACCUGGGCACCUGGUCUGGCACGUGCAGUGCUGGGCCCACUCCACACCCACCACCACCUGCAGCCCUUCUCCCUCAGCUGGCUCUGGACCAAUAUCCUGUGUAUUUCGGGGCCUGGACGUCUGGUGACCCCUACCCCUCUCACCCCAUGGCCCUUGCAUGGAGCUGUGGCUAGGCUGCGGAGAACCUGGUGGUGGCCCCGAGGACGGCCCCCAGCCCCUACACCAUGCCCGUACCCUUUCCUAGCCUGUAUGUAGCGCUAACUCUUCCUGCUGCCAGGGGCUCCUGGGAAAUGAGGGCCUUGUACAGGAUCCCCAGGACCUAGCCACUGCUGUGGUCCCUGUGCCCAGAGAGGGCACCUGCCU